AUGUCUUUCGAUAAAGAAAAGUCGUUCGAUAAAGAAAAUUCGAUCGAUAAAGAAAAUUCGAUCGAUAAAGAAAAGUCGUCACAUACGACUAUUCCAAUAUCGUGUCACGAAACUUCUCAAAAUUCCAACUUACAACCACUAACACUGUCAUCGUUGAAAUCCAAAAUUUCAUUUCUAUUUACAAAAGAAUUCAUUUUCAUCUUUUUACUUGGUCAAUUUCUUUCUUUGUGCAUCACGGGUCAAAUCAUUUCUACCACCGCCUUAACUCUUAAUUUUAAUGUCAGCUUACCUGCAACUCAAAGUUUUAUUUUGUAUCUAACUUUGACUUCUAUUUAUACGCCUAUUACCAUUUAUAAAUAUGGGAUACGUGCGUAUUUGAGAAUGCUUAGAAUUCGUGGGUGGAAGUGUAAGCUCUUAUUUGUGUAUUCUGACCAUUCCUGUGUGGAAUCACGCAAAUUAUUUUGGAAUAAAAGCAUUUGUGUAUACAUCUGUCCUAUCAACGAUCUUGCUCGACGCUUGGGCGAUUCCAGUAUGCGUGAUUUUGUCUAUAUUCUUCUUGCACGUAAAAUAUCAUUGGUCUCAAUAUUUGGGCGUGUUAAUUUGCUUAUCUGGAAUUGGUGUGUUGAUCAUGAUGACGAAGACAGUACAGAACAAGAGUCCUCUGAUCAAGAAGCAGUAACAAGAAAUAUUUCAGAACCAGGAACUGACAAUAAAUGA